AUGCCUGUCUUCACCGAGUUUGCAGCAUCCUCCCGUGAACUUCGUGUUCUCCCCUCCUUCGCGCCGCCCCUACCUCGCCUCAGCCCGAACGAUCCUCGCGAUGGAGUCCCAGAGCGAUACGAAGUCGUCGUUGUCGGCGCUGGUCCCGCCGGGCUAAUGCUCAAUCUCCUCUUAGCCAGAUAUGGACUGAACGAUACAUCACUAUUGUGCAUCGAUGCUAAACCGGGAACGCUUAAAUCUGGCCAAGCCGACGGCCUCCAACCCAGGACACUCGAGGUUCUGAAGACCCUCGGGCUAGCAGACGAAAUUCUCACCGAUGGAUGCCACAUGGAGGAAGUUGCAUUUUGGAACCCUUCGCCUAACAAGGAUGAGAUCAUCGAACGGACGGCGAUAGUGCCUGAUGUUGCCGUGCCGGCGCGAUUCCAGCACGAAGUCACAAUCCACCAGGGUCGCAUUGAGAGAAUCCUGGAAACGGAUCUCCUGCGGUACUCGAAAAGGGGAGUGCAGCGAGAUACUAAACUCUUAGACGUGACAAUCGAUGAGGAUGGCGAUUCAGAAUUCCCUGUGGUGGCGGAGGUCGAGACGGCUGGCCAACGACGGACAGUUCGAUCGAAGUAUUUGGUUGGUGCGGAUGGCGCCCAUUCCGUGGUCCGUCGUUGUAUGGGUCUGAAGUUGGUGGGCGAGUCGCUGGAUCACAUCUGGGGUGUUGUCGAUCUUGUCGUCGAUACCGAUUUUCCUGAUAUCAGGAGACGCUGUGCGAUCCAUGCCCCGGCUACUUCAGUGAUGGUGAUUCCACGCGAGCGGAUUGCGACCGGUGACUACUUGACCCGGUUGUAUGUUCAAGUGCCAGACGAAGCCACCCCAGAUGAGGACCAGAAGCCAGUUAAUGAAUCCACGCCAAAGGACGCUCGAGCUCGCAGGAGCCAGGUCACUCUCGACGGGAUUUUUCAUGCUGCGGCCGAAGCCUUCAAGCCGUACUAUAUCCGACCGAAAACGGACGGCGCCGUGGACUGGUGGGCGGCGUAUCAGAUUGGCCAGCGAGUGUCGGAUCAGUUCACAGUGCAAGAUUCGAAGGGAGCUAAUCGGGUAUUCAUUGUAGGAGAUGGUCAGGGGAUGAACGUCUCCAUGAUGGAUUCUUACAACCUAGCGUGGAAACUGGCUUAUGCAAUCAAUGGUCUCACUCCCGCCUCAACAUCGCCAGGAAAGCCUGAUGCCGUUUUGGAUACAUACCACACUGAGCGUCACACGAUCGCCCAGGAGCUUAUAGAGUUCGACCGUGCCUUUUCGUCCAUGUUCUCUGGAAAGAUCGGCGCAGCAGAGGACGGCGCAGACGGCCUGACGCACGAGCAGUUCUUGGAAGUGUUCAGUACUGGCAACGGGUUCACCAGUGGCUGUGGAAUUGAAUAUCCUGAGAGUCCGAUCGUGCAGAAGGUGCAGGGUGCCAAGAAGAAUCCCAUUGAGGGAACUGACUAUCUUUCUGGCAUUCUUCACAUGCCGAUGGGAACCGGCGGAACUUGCAUGAUGGGCGUCUCUGCCCAGACAUUGCGGACGAUAGGGUCUGCAGUGCUGCCCCGGUUCCCUGCAUCCGUGAUCGAGCAAGUUGUGAUCCAUCCCCGUCUGUCUCGGGAGUUCACUUGGCGUGAUUUACCAGCCGAGCUCAAAAGACACUCAGAGAUGAGCUUUUACAGUGGCUACGAGAUGGACGACGUGUACAAGAUCUACGGUGUAGAUGCUGCCCAGGGGGCUCUGGCUGUUGUUCGACCAGAUGGAUAUGUGGGCACGGUAGCUGCAUUGGACGACGUCACCUGGGAUGGCCCCGACGAUCCAGAGAACCCUAAGAACUGGCCAAUGAAGAAGAAGUGGGCGGCGGUGGUGACGGUAUCCUGCUUCACCUUCAUCUCGCCCGUAUCCUCCUCCAUGGUGGCACCAGCCCUAAGUGCGAUAUCUGCAGAGUUCAACAUCACGGACGAGGUCAUCUCACAGCUCACUCUGUCCGUGUUCAUUCUGGCGUACGCCAUUGGGCCGCUCUUCCUCGGACCUCUCUCUGAGAUCUACGGUCGAGUGAAAGUCCUGCAGUUAGCCAACCUCCUGUAUCUCGUCUUCAACAUCGGCUGCGGCGUCUCACAGACUAAAGUACAAAUGAUCGUCUGUCGAUUCUUCGCCGGGUUAGGCGGUAGCGCUCCGCUAGCAAUCGGCGGUGGCGUCCUUUCAGACUGCUUCAAGCCCGAACAGCGCGGCAAAAGUGUAGCCAUCUACAGUCUCGCCCCCCUCCUCGGGCCAGCCGUCGGCCCCAUCGCAGGCGGCUUCAUCGCCGAAAACACGACCUGGCGCUGGGUAUUCUACGCGACGUCCAUCGCGGACGGUGUAAUCCAAGUCGCCGGCCUCUUCUUCCUGCAAGAAACCUACGCCCCCAUAAUCCUCAAGAAGCGCGCCAAGAAACUCCGCAAAGAAACCGCCGACACAAACUACCAAACCGAAUUCGAGCGCCAAAACAAAACCCUCGGAGAGAUCAUGGGCGGUGCCCUCAUCCGUCCCUUCCGCCUCCUCUCCACCCAACCCAUCGUCCAAGCCCUAGCGGCCUACAUGGCCUACAUCUACGGCACCAUGUACCUAGUCCUCUCAACCUUCCCCUCUCUCUGGACCAGCCCAGAAUACUACAACGAAUCCACCGGUAUCGGCGGCCUAAACUACAUCUCCUUAGGUCUAGGCUUCUGGCUCGGCUCCCAGAUCUGCGCCCCGCUAAACGAUCGCAUCUACCGCCGUCUCAAGGGUAAGAACAACGGCGUUGGGAAGCCCGAGUUCCGCGUCCCGCUGCUCUUCGUGGGCGCCUUCCUCAUUCCCGCCGGCUUGUUCAUCUACGGCUGGACAGCCCAGACACAUUGCCACUGGAUCGCCCCGAACAUCGGUGCGUGCCUGUACGGAAUGGGCAACAUCAUCUCCUUCCAAUGUCUGCAGACGUAUAUCGUCGAUUCGUAUACGCGGUUCGCCGCCAGCGCGUUAGCAGCAGUGGCGUGUAUGCGCUCGCUCGCGGGAUUCGGGUUCCCGCUGUUCGCACCGUAUAUGUAUCAGGCGCUGGACUACGGAUGGGGAAAUAGUCUGUUGGCGUUUAUCGCGAUAGCGCUGGGAGCGCCGGCGCCGGUGUUUCUCUGGAAGUUUGGGGAGAAGUUGAGGAAGAUGAGCACAUAUGCAGCAGGUUGAUACCCUAGUAAAUAUACUAGUACUACUACUUAUAUAUAGAGAGAGAUAAAAAGACAAUAAUUCAC